AGAAGCGCUACACACACACACACACACACACACAGAGUACACCGAGCAAAGCAAUCGGCUUAGACUUAGAAUAAAGCGCGUUACGAGGCGCUUUUGUCCACUAAUGUUUGGAUCCGAAUGGCCUGUUGAUAGUGAUAUUUUGUCGUCUUUCUGUGACGCGACACAGUAAACAUAGAAAACAGCAGCGACGCGGAAGGAAUAUCGCGCUGAUCAUGGAGCGGAACCCCGAGGCGCGGAGCUGCAGAACCCGGUGUCCGGAGCUCCUGCUCGGCGACUCGUCCAUGAAGCUCUCGGUCCACUCCACCACCGGGACGCGGUUCGAGCUGUCGGUUCCCCCGGAGGAGACCGUGGACGGGCUGAAGAGGAGACUCGCGGAGAGACUCCGGGUUCCCAGAGACAGACUCCUGCUUCUGCACCGAGACCUGAGGUUGAACUCUGGGAAACUGCUGGACUUCGGUGUGGUGGACGGGAGCAGACUGACUCUGAUGCCCACCGUCGAAGCCGGACUGAUGUCUCCGUCGAGGCGUUCGGAGCAGUCGGUCCUGCAGGCGCUGGAGACUCUCACAGAUGCUCAGGUCAGUGACUUCCUGUCGGGCCGGUCCCCGCUGACCCUUGCCCUGCGUGUGGGCGAUCACAUGAUGUUCGUUCAGCUCCAGCUGGCGUCUCAGCCGUCCGUCUCCAGGGCUCCCAGCCAAUCAGAUGCCUCGAUAGGCCUGGCUCCUCCUCGAACACACACAGACCACGCCCACUGCGGACAAAGCCCCACCCCUGCCCCGCCCCACUCUCAGGCUGAAGGUAGCUCAGACAGACAGCGAUGCAAACCGGGCGCCGUCAUCGAGAGCCUCGUCAAUCACGCGCCUGGAGUUUUCUCAGGAACCUUCUCAGGUACUCUACACCCGAACUGUCAGGACGGCAGCGGGCGUCCUCGCCGUGACAUCACCACCAUCCUCCAGAUCCUCAACGACCUCUUGAGCGCCACACGUCACUUCCCCGGAGCGGCUCCGACCCUGACGCACCUCGGCUGCCCGACGCCCCGACCUCCGACCUGUUCACCUCCACCUUCACCGACCUCUGACGGGCAGCAGCACGGACCUCCGCGCCGGCCCUCCGGUGAGCGCGUGCGUCAGACGGAGAACAGGACCACACGCUGUAAGCUGGAGCAGCUGCGGCUCUUACUGCGGCAGCGGCGGCUCCGGCGGAGGGCUCGGAGGGACACACGGACCCCGCUCCACUGGCCCUCACGCCGCACCGCCGCCGCCCUGGAUCUGGACUUCCAGGAGCCGGUCUGGAAACCCGACGGCCCGUCCGACAGGAGCGCAGAGUUCGCUGUGGCUUGAGCUGUGAAACACUUCAGGAGACGCUGAUGCUCUCGUCUUCCAGAACAAACAUCUAAACACGUUUACUGGAGAAGCAAGUCUCCAUAUCUUCAGUCAGUUUCUUCUCCUGUAAAUGUGUCUUGAUUAGGAAUGCACGAUAUAUUGGUAUCGGCUGAUAAACGCUCAUUGGUAUCGUGUCUGAUAUAUUAAAGCUGAUAAAUAAUGUAAGCUGAGACGCUUCAGACGCGCACUGUUCAACAUGAUGAUUAUGAGUCGCUUGAAAUAUGAUCGGAAUCACUUUGAAAAGGAAAAUACAGUAAAGCGCAGUCAUAUCAGCUACAUAAAGUUACACUGAGAACAUCAUAAUCGUGGGUUUUAAUGCUGAGACUUUUGUUUUUAUAAUCAGCCUCUCAAAAACGAUGUGGAUUUAGAUUUAUCGGCCGAUAUAUCGGUUAUCGGCUUUCAAAUAUUAAGAAUUAUCGGUAUCGGCCAAAAUGUUGAUAUCGCUCUUGAUUUGAGAAUGUUUGGAUAUUUGUGCUGGAAAACGAGCAGAUGGUUUAUUAGUGUGAUUAAUAAUUCUCAGUCUCUUGCUGAUGUUAUGAAGCGCGGAUGUAGCAUUCUCACGUCAGGUGAUGAUUUGCACAGUUCAUUUCUCUCGCGAGCAUUACGAUAUUUUUGAUUAUCAGGUCGAUCCUGGAUCUCGUGAAUAUAAGAACCGCUCAUAUUUCACCCCAAAAACGAAACAAAAUGGAUAAUAUUUUUCACU